GCUGCAUAAUAACCUGCAGUUUAAACAGCAGUAACAUUUUCAAGAUGGAUUACCUGAUGUUAGCUCAAUAGGUUUCAUCUGCAUGCAUUAUGUUUUUCUCUCAGUGUUUCUGCAUGCAUCCUGUAGUUUUAUUUUUCUUGAUGCAUCGCCAAUGUAAUGGCUCAUUUGAGAGCGGCAUCAUCAUUCAAAUUAUGUUUUGACAGGACAGACUUAAUGUGAUCAUUACUCUAAUGGCUUUUAUGGGAGCGCUCUGAUGUCCCUUUUCUCCUGUAGUGAACUUAAAUAGGUGCAGCGUUCAGUCUACCUUUGCUGUGCAGGGCGAGGUAGCGUGUCAGCUUUGCAUUGGAGCAGAUGGUUCCUGCGGUGGACAAUAUGACCCCAGAGCCUCUGACUCAGAACUGCUCCAACUGCAGCCAGGCAUUAGCCCCAGAGCUCAAUGUGGUCAAGGCUGUGACGCUGGGCUUGGUGCUGGGCAUCUUCAUCAUGUUUGGAAUUGUGGGGAACAUCCUGGUAAUCCUCUCCGUGGUCUGCCACAGACACCUACGGACAGUCACACACUAUUUCAUUGUCAAUCUGGCAGUGGCAGACCUCAUGCUGAGCUCCACUGUACUGCCCUUCUCUGCCAUUUUUGAGAUCCUAGAUCGCUGGGUGUUUGGACGGGCCUUCUGCAAUGUUUGGGCAGCUGUGGAUGUGCUCUGCUGCACUGCAUCCAUCAUGAGCCUCUGUGUCAUCUCUGUGGACCGCUACAUUGGAGUGAGUUACCCCCUCCGCUACCCAGCCAUAGUGACAGAGCGCAGGGCACUGCUGGCAGUGGUAGCGCUGUGGGUCCUGUCUAUCACAAUAUCCAUCGGCCCUUUGUUUGGCUGGAAAGAGCCUGCACCAGAAGACGAGUCCAUCUGCAGGAUCACAGAGGAGCCAGGCUACGCAAUCUUCUCUGCCGUGGGCUCCUUCUACCUCCCUCUGGCCAUCAUACUGGCCAUGUACUGCCGGGUUUAUGUGGUGGCUCACAGGGAGAGCCAGGGACUGAGGGAGGGCCAGAAGACAGAGAAGUCAGAUACGGAGUGUGUGACUCUCAGGAUACACCGGGGAAACACAGUGGUAUCAGAUGACGAGGCCCUUCGCAGCCGCACACACUUCGCCCUGCGGCUGCUCAAGUUCUCACGUGAAAAGAAGGCUGCCAAGACCUUGGGCAUUGUGGUUGGCUGCUUUGUGCUGUGCUGGCUGCCCUUCUUCCUGGUGCUACCCAUCGGCUCCAUGUUCCCUGCUUACAGACCUUCAGACACUGUUUUCAAGAUCACCUUCUGGCUGGGCUACUUCAACAGCUGCAUCAAUCCCAUCAUCUACCCAUGCUCCAACCUGGAGUUUAAGAAGGCUUUCCAGAGGUUACUGGGAGUUCACUGUCUGAGAGUCACUCCCAGGCCACAUCACCAUCUGAGUCCGGCUCAGAGUCAGGCCGCAGGCCAGGGUCAGCCCCUCACCCUGAGCCUGGACACCAGAGGGGGCCCCACUCGGCUCAGCCCCUCCUCCUCUAUAGCCCUGUCCAGGACCCCUUCCUCCAGGGACAGCAGAGAGUGGAGGUUCCUCUCUGGAAGUUCAAGAGUUGGACCUGGACCAGCAGAGACCAGCAGGGCUAAAGUGGCAAAACUCUGCAGCAAAAGCCUCUACAAGACCUGCUGCUGCAUCCUCAGCGACAGGGCUCCCUCGCAGGAAUCAAACUGUGUCCAGCCCCCUCCAGCCGGAAACCCGCCCAUCAUUAAAAUCCACCAACUGUCCCUGUGUGAAAAAGGAGAUCCUGUUUAACUGCUGUAAUCCCUCAUCCUUUAGUCAUGAUCCUCCCUCAAGUUCUUGGACUAUUUAUAGGAAAGAGAAUACAUUCCUUGGCUUGACACUAGAAAGGCCAAGUGGUGGUCAAUCGGUGGCUUCUUUGAAAUUUAAAAUUGACAUAUCUCAGCUUGGAGAAUGAUUUUUCCUAAACCCGGUUUGAGUAGAAACCAUUAUGUUGCAUGAUCUGUCAAAUCAUGCAAAGAAAUAGACAUCUCCUUAAGGUGUUGGGCUUCUCUUACACAUCCCAAAUCCUCCGGCCCUCCUAGUGUUACAGAGAAAACACGAAUUACCUAACUUGAGAGAUUCUUGAAAGAUCUUGACAAUCGAUUUGCGCUGCAUUUACAUUAUGUAAGUCGUCUUUUUUUAUAUCACAAAAAUGAUCUAGCUUUGUGUCAUAUUUUUGGAGAUGUUUUAUAAUAUACAGUGUGAUAAAUUGGAUGGAGAUGAAAGAGACUGAGGGUUGCGGAGGCAGCCCUGAACAACUUUUUGCAGAAACUGAGAGCUGUUCCAAGACUUCCUUGAAAUGGACCAAAAAAAAAUCUAUAAUGUUUACAUGUUUUAUACUGCAGAGAAUAUUAGAUAUAUAUCAAAAAGUACAUUGGAAUUGGUUUUGUAUAUUGCAUGACUUCAUGGAAAUAUUACAAAAAUGGUGGUCUUUCUCCUGUUGUCUUAACAAUUUGCGUGACUCUUCCUGUUGUCAGACUUGUGUUUGUGUACCGCUCUGUACACAGUAAGAACCCAGGAAGCUUGCAUUCUUCGUGUCACAUUACAAUAAAAAAAGUUUGAAAUAUCCCUGACGGGGGAAUCAUAA